AUGGCGGGGAUGAUCCAGAGCAGCUUGCUAGUAUUCGACGGAAAGAAUUACGAUGACUGGUGUGUGAAGAUGGAUGUUAUCUUAGGCUUUCAAGAAGUUGACGAAAUUGUCAAGAGAGGAUUUAAAGAACCCUCAAAAGGGGGCACGGAUGAAGCAAAGAAAGUCUACAAAGAAAAUGAGAAGUUGGACUGUAAGGCACGCAUGCUCUUGCAUCAAUGUGUUUCUGCAACGAUAUUUCAGAAAGUGUCAAGAGCAACAACAACCAAGGAAGCUUGGGAUAUAUUACAAGAUGGAUAUGGAAAUUCAGGAAGGGUGAAGAAAGUGAGACUACAAUCGCUGCAAAGACAAUAUGAGCUCUUGAGUAUGGGAGAGCAAGAAACCAUUGAAGAAUAUAUUGGCAGAAUUCAGGUGGUUGUUAAUGCGAUGCAAGCGUGUGAUAAAGUGGUGAAAGACAGAAAGAUCAUUGACAAAAUCUUGCAAACUCUGACACCCCAGUACAAUCACAUUGUGGUGGCGAUCGAAGAAAGCAAAGAUUUGGGAAUUAUGAAAAUUGAAGAGCUACAAAAUUCUCUUGAAGCUCAUGAGCAACGCCUGGUAGAGAGCAGAGUGGCAGAAAAAAAUGCUAUACAAAGUACAAAUCAGGCACUGCAAGCUAGAAGCAGCCAAAUCUACAAGAGUCGCGGAACUGGCAGAGGCAAAGGAAGAUUGCGUGGUGGUCGAAAUGGAGGCAGAUUCGCUAAUACUUUCGAACUGACCAAAGAUGACAUCAACAACGAACAAAAGGAAGGAAAUUAUAGAGGAAGAGGAAAGUACAGAGGAAGAGGAGGCAGAAAGAACGUUGACAAGAGAAAUGUACAAUGUUUUACGUGUAAUAAAUAUGGCCAUUACUCAUCUGAGUGUUGGCACAUUGAAAACGCUAAGAAAGAAAAGAGUGAUGAGGCGAAUCUUGCAAAAGAAGAAUUGGAAUCGGAUUUUGAUCACGUUUUGUUGAUGAGCGUCGCAAUACAUGACAGAAACGAUGACAGCUGGAGAAUUGCACAGGAAAGACAUGUUCAAGAGACAAGUGGGGUAACAGACGAGUGUCUAAGAAAGACCGACCGAACAGGACAUGUGUCGCUUGCUGGAGAAACAAGCCACGAAGAUGAGAAACGUUGUGGUAUUUAG